CUCCUCCAUCCCUCACCACCGUGACUGACACUUCAUCCUCACUGCCAUUUCACACUCUCACUUCCCUUUUUCUCUACCCAAUAUUCUUAUCUCCCACAUAAUGUCUGCUCGCAAACCCCGACGAGCACACUCCAACCACGUCAAUCCUAACACCACCACCCCCACCACCACUCCCCCGCGACAACUUCACCACCACCUCAACCAAGGCAACUUCACCCAACAACAACCCUCCGACUACGACUCCGACUACCAACCCUAUCUCUCCGACACCCAGCACCAACACUUUUACCCCCAGCAGCAACAGCAACAACCCCAACCCACAAUGGCAGCAGCCACAACGACGACAGCAGCAACCAUCCCCGCGCCCCCCCUCCGCACCAACGAAGAGCUCAACCUCGCCGUCCUCCGUCGCCACAACCCCGCCAUCACCUCCAUCCUCUCGCUCGCGCAAUACGCCGUCGUCUACAUCUUCAGUCCCACCACCCGCCAGUGGGAGAAAAGCGGCGUUGAGGGCACCUUGUUCGUGUGCCAACUCGCGCAGGGCGAGCUCGGCGAGGAGCGCUACAGCGUCUUCGUGCUGAACCGCCGUGGGCUCAACAACUUCGACCUCCCCCUCACCGACGGCGCCGAUGUCGAGAUCACUGAGGAAUACAUUAUCUUGAAAUCGGAACACGCGCCGGACGGGCUGGAGCAUGCUGCAGGCGGCGCACAGUCCGCAUCUAAGCCUCUUGGCGGCGGCGGCGGCGGGAGUGGCAGCAGCAACAGCAACAGCAACAGCAACAGCAAUAUUCGCAUCUACGGGUUGUGGAUCUACAGUGAGCCGCCGCCGAAUUCCACCGCCGAGACGCGCAGCAUCAAUGCGCAGAUGAUCCGCGAAUGUGCGGUGCACGCUGGCGAGAGCUUGAAAUUGGCGCGGGAGCGGCUGGAGGCCACCCGCCAGAAUGGGCUGCAUGUUGCUGCGGCGUCGCUGGAGGAGGGGCAGUCGGCUGGUGCCGUGCCGAUGGGGAGGCAGAUCUCGCUGAAGGAUUUGUUUGGGCAGCAGCGCGCGCAGGACGAUGGGUGGAGCGUGCAUGCGCAUCAAUUUGCGCCGAGCGACAGGCAGCAUGCGCAGCCGCCGCCGGCGGCGGUGGCACCGGAGCCGGCGCCGGCGCAGCAAGGCCCCGCGGGAGCUGCGCCGGCAGCACCGCAGCAGGACGUCCUGGGGGAUUUGUUUCGCAGGGCCGGGCUGGCGUAUCAGGGGGCUCAGUGA